AUGUUCGCCUCUUCCCUCCUUUUGCUGUCGUCCCUGGUGGCCGGCGCACUCGGCGCGGCCCGGACCUCGCCCCCCUCCGGCGCCCUCGUCGUGGCCAAGUCCGGCGGCACCUACACGUCGGUCCAGAAGGCCGUCGACGCCGCCAAGGCGGGCGGCGUCAUCUUCAUCCAGCCGGGCACCUACAACGAGCAGGUCCUGAUCCCGGCCAACAAGGGCGCCCUCACCAUCUACGGCUACACGGACGACGACCAGGACUACGCCAAGAACCAGGUCACCAUCACGCACAGCCUCGGCGCCGACGUGGCCGGCAGCAACGACGCCUCCGGCACGCUCCGGGCCAAGAACGACGGCCUCCGCGUCUACAACGUCAACAUUGUCAACUCGCGCGGCAAGGGCGUGCAGGCCAUCGCCCUGAGCGCCUACGGCAACCAGCAGGGCUACUACGGCAUCCAGGCCAAGGGCUACCAGGACACCGUCCUCUCCAGCCAGGGCGCCCACUACUUCCACGCCUCCUACGUCGAGGGCGCCACCGACUUCAUCUUCGGCCAGAAGGCCAUCGCCUGGUUCGAGGCCUGCACCCUCGCCAUCAGCGGCAAGGGCUACAUCACCGCCAGCGGCCGCGACGCCGAGAGCAACCCGUCGUGGUACGUCAUCAACAAGUCCACCGUCAAGGCCCUCUCCGGCGUCGGCGACGGCCAGACCUUCCUCGGCCGGCCCUGGCGCACCUUUGCCCGCGUCGUCUUCCAGAACUCCAACCUCGGCGCCGUCGUCAACGCCGCCGGGUGGUCCAAAUGGGGCUCCAACCCGACCGACAACGUCUUCUACCGCGAGUUCGCCAACACGGGCAAGGGCGCGAGCGGCACCCGCGCCAGCUUCUCCAAGAAGCUGUCCGCCGCCGUCAAGAUCGCCGACGUCCUCGGCUCCACCUCCUGGAUCGACACCAAGUACACCGGCGGCGGCGGCGCCGCCUCGAGCUCCGGCUCCGGCUCCGCGGCCGUCUCCAAGCCUGCAGUUUCUGCCGAUGCCGCCGAGUCCAAGGCCACCCCGACCACCCUGAAGACCGUCGUCAAGGCCUCCUCGACCCCUACUCCCGCUCCCGAUGCUGGUGCUGGUGCCGGUACUGGUUCUGGUGCCGGCGCUGGCGCUGCUGACGACUGCAGCGGCACCGCCGACGGCUUCGCGUCCCUGAACGGCGGCACCACCGGCGGAAAGGGCGGCGAGGUGGUCGUCGUCAAGACCCAGGCCGACUUGGAGAAGUACGCCGGCGCCUCCGGCAAGCACGUCAUCAAGGUCUCGGGCAAGAUCACUAUCACGCCUAAGGGCAAGGAGGUCAAGGUCUCGUCCGACAAGACCAUCGUCGGCAUCGGCGCCACCGCCGAGAUUGACCAGGGCGGGUUCAAUCUCCAGAACCAGCGCAACGUCAUCUUCCGCAACAUCCGGAUCGGUAACACCUACGUCGAGGGUGACGACGAGGGCAAGACCCAGGACUUUGACGGUAUCCAGAUGGACAACUGCACCAACAUCUGGAUCGACCACGUCCACUUCGAGAAGGGCGGUGACGGCCUCCUCGACAGCCGCAAGGACACCACCUUCCUGACCGUCUCCUGGACCAUCUUCCGCAACCACAACAAGGCCUUUGGCAUUGGCUGGACCGACAACGUCAACACCGAGAUGACGAUCCACCACAACUUCUUCGACCAGACCAAGCAGCGCAACCCGUCCGUCGACAACGUCAAGCACGCCCACCUGUACAACAACGCGCUGGUCGGGCAGACCUCGUACGGCCACUACGCGCGCGGCGGGACCGAGAUGCGCAUGGAGAACUGCUACUUCGAGAAGGUUCGCAACCCGAUCCAGGCCGACGCGACCGCCAAGCUGAGCGCCUCGGGCAACGUGUACGAGGGCACGACGGGCAGCACGGCCAAGAACGCUGGCAAGGUGUUCGACCCCAAGACCUUCUACGACUACGAGCUCGACGCCGCCGCCGACGUGUACGGCAUCGUGUCCAAGGGGGCGGGCCGCCAGGCCAGCAUCUGCGCCGCGUGA